AUGGCCGCCUCCCCGCCGUCAGAUGUGUGUGUGAAAAUAACGGAUGAACAAAUGGAUUCUGCGAUGGAAACGGGUGAGUGCUCGGCCACAGAAAACGGAGGAGAACCCGAAAAGAAAGAAUUACAGAAAACUGAACCGGAAACAGAGGACACUUUUAAAAAACCGACUCUUUUCGCGGCGCCUUCCCUCACCAGCAAACGCAGUAACGUCUCUGCUCCGUCCAAACCAGCAGCAGCCGAGACAAAACAUGUGAAAGAAAAUAACGAAGCUGAAGUUGUACACACUGCUAGCGAAACUACUUCUGGGCUUGUUACUGAAAGCAAGACCACCGAAAAAGGCCAAUAUGAGGACAAGCCGGAAAGAGUUCAAGACAAGAAUGUGGCUCCUGUCAAAACCAAGCCAGAGGCUAAACCCAGGGUGCUCCCCACUAAAGGACCCCCAGCUGGUAAAUUCCCCCCUAUCCCAUACACAGAGCCGCCCUGGGGUGGCACGGCUCCAGACGUCCCAUAUGCGCUGGAGAUCCUUAAAAACGGCGCCAUCGUGGACACGGUGCCCCUCACACAGAAAAGUUACAUCGUGGUCGGACGUUUACCUGUGUGUGACGUCUCUCUGGAGCAUCCCUCGAUCUCCAGGUACCAUGCAGUGCUUCAGUACCGCAGAGAGGCUGGAGAGGGAGGCUCUGUGGGCGAGGACAGAGGGUUUUACAUCCAUGACCUGGGCAGCACACACGGCACUGUGGUCAACAAGAACAAGAUCCCCCCGAAGACCUACAUCAGGCUCCGUGUGGGACAUGUCUUAAAGUUUGGUGGGAGCACGAGGCUUUUUAUCUUGCAGGGUCCAGAAUUUGAUGAAGAGGAGGAGUCUGAGCUAACAGUGACAGAGCUGAGGGAGAAAGCCCGAAAACAGAGGGAAGAGCUGGAGAAGAGGAUGAUGGGAGACGGUUCUGAUGAUGAUGAUGAUGAGGGGGAGAAGGAGGGGGACGAGCAAGGCGAAAGCAACAAGGGCCGGAGCAAACUGUCAAACGAAGACUCGGGCUGCUCGUGGGGAAUGGCUGAGGAGGCGGUUCCAGAGGAAGACGAGAAUGAGGAAAACCCUUUUUCUACAGAGUUCCAUGAGGACCAGGAAGCUGCGUACCUAAAAGACCCAAAGAAGGCUUUGCAGGGCUUCUAUGACAGGGAAGGAGAGGAGCUGGAGUUUGAGUAUGAAGACAAAAGCCAUGGCAGCUGGCUCUGCAGAAUAAAGCUUCCGGUGGAUGAUGCCACGGGCCGGCAGCUGGUUGCUGAGGUGACCCACACGGGGAAGAAGAAGGAAGCAGCCAUCCAGUGCUGCCUGGAGGCUUGUCGGAUGCUGGAAGCCAGAGGGCUGCUCCGCCAGGAAGCAGUGUCCCGCAAGCGCAAGAAGAAGAACUGGGAAGAUGAGGACUACUACGACAGUGAUGACGACACCUUCCUGGAUCGAACCGGCACAGUGGAGAGGAAGAGGCAGGAGAGAAUGAAAAAGGCGGGAAAGGUUGAGGAGCGGCCAGAGACCUAUGAAUCAUUGGUGGCCAAACUGUCAGAGGUGGAGAAGGAGCUGGCAGACACUCAGAAAAAGCUCAGCGGUGGUAGAGGAGACUUCCCCGGCUCUUCCACCGAGGACCCCCUGGAUGCUUUCAUGACCGCAGUGCGAAGUGAGGCAGCGAUGGACGCCGUGGAGCGCAGGAAGCUUCACGUGCACGUGGCAGACUUGCGCAAAGAUGCUCAGAGGCUCCGAAAACUGGUGGAACUCACACGGCCUGCACAGAUGCCCUCGCUGCUGCCGAGUGGUAGCUCGGAGGCAGCGAAGCCUAAAAAAGUCUUACCACUGUUUGGAGCCAUGAAGGGAGGAAGCAAAUUCAAACUGAAGACUGGUACCAUUGGGAAGUUGCCUCCAAAGCGCCCCAACUUGCCCGCCGAGCUCUUCAACAUGAAAGAACUUCCACCCAGUGGAGAAGAGGAGGAAGACGAGGAGGAGGAGGAGGAGGAGGAGGAGGAGGCAGAGAGAAAUGAGGAUAAUGACGAUAAAGAGUGCGCAGCCAUUACUGAGACUGAUGUCGACACUGAGGAGUCCAGUGCAGCCAUGUCUCAAGAGAGCUCCCCCUUGGGGCGGCAAAGACAGCAGGCAGCAAUGUCCCAGGAGCCGAGAGAGCACAAACAGAGGAGAGUUGAGGAGUGUGCUGAAGCAGUGGAGCAGGUUCCUCAGCGCAGCAACAACAAGGCUGCAGCCCCAUCAAGUCCAGAGUCCAAAGCAGGAGGCGACAAAGAGUCAGAAGCAGAGCCCAGACCCAGAAAGAAUGUGAAGAAGAAAGUGAUGGGCCCCAGCAGGCCACCAGGGCAGCUUUCUGCACAGUAUCCAGAAGACGACCCUGAUUACUGUGUCUGGGUGCCUCCUUCAGGUCAGACUGGAGAUGGCCGCACACACCUAAAUGACAAGUACGGCUACUGAGGGAAACAGAAGAGAGGGAGCUCUUGUGUUACCACUCCAGCAGCUUUUAUACUGCAGAUAAUACCUGCAACACAAAGCCUCCAGUCUCCUUAGCUCUGACCAUUUUAACCCUCUCUACCCAUCCCAGUCCCUGUGUGCACUUCAGCCUGAAAAUAUGGGAGCCUGCAGCAGAUCAGGGGCUCACAGAGGGAUAAUACUGCACCUUUUAUUAUCUUUUGGGGAUAUUUGCAUUCUCAGACUGCCAUAAACAAAAUGCACACUACUUCAAUUCACAUUAAACUGGCAAGCUAAGGGAGCAGACACUGGGCAGUCAGCCUGCUGGCAGUUUUUACCCAUGACAAUAAUAGAGAGCGGUAGCACUUGAAUUUUGUUCUUUUAUUUGAAUUCUAUAUAUCAUCCAAGCAGAAAAUAGAAAGGGACAGAGCAGGGAGCGGUAACUGAUCUGAAUUCAGCUUUCUGGUCUUUGGCUGCUCCUCUUGCAGUUAAAUCCACCUGACAUCCAAUCUGUAUCCCUCCCCUAUUUGGCUUCAGUCGAUCGCUGGCAUAACCUUUUUUCUUUUCCAAAGGAGAGUGUGUGGCAGGGAGGGAGAAAGAGGGAGAGCAUUGAAGCAGCUUUUCUGACCAUCUGGACACUCGGAUGGCUUACUGGAUGAAACGCAAGCUGAUAAUGACUCAAGCUUAGUGGAGUGUGCGUCCGUGUCUACACCGACACACACAUACACACAUAGCCCAACCUUCUCAAAGUUCUCUUUUUAACAAGAUUGUCUUUAUGAGUGAGUCAGCUAUUGGUGUGUUUGCCUAGAGCAGGAUUCCUCGCUCUGUGAAAUCCCACUCAGUGCUGUUGUGUUGGUUUACUGCCAUACUCUCCACCCUCUUUCCUGUCGUCUUUUCUCAAAAGACAAAGUUAAGAAACUGUAUUUUGUUAUAUAAAUGUAUAAUAAAAGUGUCUGUAAAUAA